AUGGAUAAUGCAGAUGCUAAAGGAUCUCGACGUCUCAACCCUUUUAAUUGUAAUACAAACGAACAGCAGAGUCUCAUAUCUGCUCUAUAUGAUGCCCCAACCCUCACAAACUUCAGAGUGAAAGGUUUUUUAGAAUAUCUAUCUAGCGAUUAUUUCAGCAUACCCUUCGCACGCAUCAACGAGAAUUCAUCAGUGGAGGAGUUGAAGGAUGCAAUUCUCAAAUGCAAACAUAUGUUCUUGGCUUUAUCUAACGAGUCGUCGGGAAGAAAAGAUCGCAUAUUAGAUCGGUUGAUUCAAUUAAGGAGGAUUUUACAGGAUGUUAAGGAGUUCUCAGGUGUGUCGACGAAACCAAGUUCCUGUUAUUUUGGAUCUUCACCUCGUUUUUCAGAGCUAUAUUUAUUAUCACGUAGCUUAUCUCAGGUGUCUCUGCCAUGUUUGCCUUACCGAAUUAUGGGUCCUGAGGGUUCACGUCCAUCUAUGCACCAUACUCCUUUCCCUGGUGGUCACGAUUUCCAAAGUGUUUCUGCGAUGCGUCAUCUGGGUGGAACGUGCGAAUGUUGUAGGCACUCAAUUCGUGGUCCGGUUGGCAAAAUAUUACGUUGUCAGGCAUGUGGUGUUAUGUGUCAUUUUGAUGGAUGUCUUAAUAGCCUAACACGUCGGUGUCCAGGUGGAUUACUUUUUCCUGGUACUAGUACUAAACACUAUAUGGGAUGUCGGCGUUUGCGAACGGAAAGUGAAAGCGGCACUCAUAAUAAUCCAAAGUUUCAUCUUACUGGAGUUACUUUAUUUGAUACUAGACGUCGUAUUUCAUUUAAACAUUUGGAAGUUUCCAACUUAUCUUUUCUUUCGGCAGAUCUAACUUUACAAUCAUGGACUUGUGCAGAAUGUAUGAGAUCCAUUGAUUUUACACCAUCAUAUACAGUUUUAUCAGGACGUUUGAAUACACGUAAUCUGGGUAAAACGAUCAAUGAGGUCAUUGAAACGGGUAUUGGUGUACUUAUUGGAAAAGCUUUUCAAGAUAUAUUACCAAAACACAACUCUAUACAUCACGUGACGUCUUACCUAAGUUCUCAACAAUUGUCUUUGCCUACCUAUUUAUUGAAACCUAUUUCUACAGGACCAUCUGUAGUAGGAUCCAAUCAAUCAACUGAUAACCUAAAAAAAUAUGCUGCUUUUGCUUCUCAUAGCGCUUCUGAACCAAUCCAAACAUGGUAUGACGCGUUUGUUAUGGAGGCAUUUGGAAAAGUCAGUCGUCGGAUUUCACCAUCCUUAUUUAUCAAAACUCAAAACGGACGCUUAACGAUAGAUAAACAAGCAAGUGAGCUAAAUGUAUUAGAGAAUUAUGCUGCAGACACUGCAUGCACUAUGGAUUCUGCUCGUUUAUGCUACUACUCAGGAUAUUUUUAUUGUUCUAGGUGUCAUUGGGGAGAUACUCACCAAAUUCCAGCUUGGAUGUUUGUUCUGGGUGAUUAUGAACCUAAACCGGUAUGUCGAACCGCGUAUUUGUGGCUAAAUUAUGCUUGGUCACGCCAUUUAUUCCGCGUUCCUGUAUCGUGGUAUUAUCAUGAACCGUUGGCCAGACAAGUAUGUUCUAUUCGUACUAGGAUUUUCAGACUACAACCAUACUUCAAUAUAUGUUCAGGUGCAAAACUCUACAGUUUAGAUUUUGAAAAAUAUGGUCUUGAGUGGUUUCUUGAGCAACCGUAUACAUUCACCAUGGAUUUAAUAAGUCAAGUAUUGAAUGGGAAACUGAUUGUACAAUUGACAAAUUUCUUAUCUAAAGUAAACGAACACAUUGAGCAAUGUCAGGUAUGUGAAACUCACAUUCCGAGUUAUUGUGUAGUUUGCAAUGAGGGGCCUACACGCCCAUAUCAUAUAA